AUGGAGGUGUUCAAUCCGAAUCCUGUGAUCUUUGCGCCCGCGAAAGCGACUGGCCGUCGCUCCAAGCCGAGCAAACCGGAGUCUUUCUGGGACGAUGAGGAGGCGGACGUAGAAGUUGAUGAAAACACAGUCGAGCCCAUCGACCAGGAUGAAAUAUUCGAUCUGAUACGCCAUAUAUCUGACCCCGAGCAUCCAAAUUCACUUGAGGAGCUGCGAGUAGUCUCUGCGCCGCAAAUCAGCGUUUCAGAGAACCGCGUGAUAGUCGAGUUUACACCGACUGUUCCUCACUGCGGGAUGUCCACUCUCAUCGGUCUCUCGAUCCGCGUCCGGCUCAUGCAAAGCCUACCACCUCGAUUCAAGGUAGAUAUCUUCGUGAAACCCGGUUCGCAUCAGAGCGAGCACGCUGUUAAUAAGCAACUGAAUGAUAAGGAGCGUGUAGCAGCGGCGUUGGAGAAUCCUGCGUUAGUGGAUACUGUCGAAAAGUGCUUGGAGAAGGCCGAGUCAUGGGGGGCCUAA